UUCCCGUCGGAGCUGUUUUUACGCUGCACACUAACUUCCGGGCAGAUGACUAGAUGCAGAAGGUGAAAGUGUCUGUUUGAGAUUUAAAUCUUUUACGUUUUUCGAACCUUUCACACGGAAACGGAACCCAGAGACUCGUUCCUACGUCCACGAAGUACUCGGCGUUUGUUUCAGUCGAACCCGGAGCCUCCGAGCGGCGGUUCCCCCACCAGCUCGCGACAUUAGCACGCGAGCUAACCGGCUAGCAGCGCGGCGCCCCGGGACCAGGGAACCCCGGACGUCACCGGAGCCUCGUCCCGUAGAAACAACAAGAACCCCCCCGUCCUCCUCCUCCCAGCGCCGGGGCCAUUACGGAGAAGAUUCCCCUUUCAUGCGUGCACUGGGGCAGGUUUGGACAUUUUAAUGGGAGGCGCCUCGCUCCGGACGAGUGGACACCGCGGGCGCCAGUUGCGAGGGGAGCCGGGAUCCGCUCCGCGCCGUGCCGGGCUCGGAUGGAGUCUCUGGCCGGCUACGUGUACAAGGCGGCCAGCGAGGGCCGCGUCUUGACCCUGGCCGCGCUGCUCCACAACCACCCGGAGGCCGAGGUGCGCUACCUGCUGGGCCACGUCACGCAGGUGGCCGGCCAGAGGUCCACGCCGCUCAUCAUCGCGGCCCGCAACGGCCACGACAAGGUGGUCCGGCUGCUGGUGGACCACUACAAGGUGGACCCCGAGCAGACCGGCACGGUCCGCUUCGACGGCUACGUCAUCGACGGGGCGACGGCGCUGUGGUGCGCGGCGGGCGCCGGUCACUUUGAGGUGGUUCGCCUGCUGCUGAGUCACCGUGCCAACGUCAACCACACCACCAUCACCAACUCCACCCCUCUGCGCGCCGCCUGCUUCGACGGGCGCCUGGACAUCGUGCACUACCUGGUGGAGCACCACGCUGACAUCCGCAUCACCAACAAGUACAACAACACCUGCCUGAUGAUCGCCGCCUACAAGGGCCACGUCGACGUGGUGGCCUUCCUGCUGGAGCAGGGCGCCGACCCCAACGCCAAGGCCCACUGCGGCGCCACCGCCCUGCACUUCGCCGCCGAGGCGGGCCACCUGGAGAUCGUGAAGGAGCUGGUGCGCUGCCGGGCCAGCAUUGUGGUGAACGGGCACGGCAUGACGCCGCUGAAGGUGGCGGCGGAGAGCUGCAAGGCGGACGUGGUGGAGCUGCUGCUGACGCACGCCGACUGCGACCCGCGCAGCCGCAUCGAGGCGCUGGAGCUGCUCGGCGCCUCGUUCGCCAACGACCGCGAGAACUACGACAUCCAGCGGACCUACCACUACCUGCACAUGGCCAUGUGGGAGCGCCACCGCGACCCGGAGCACGUCCUCGCCAAGGAGCUGCCGCCCGCCAUCGAGGCGUACGGCGGCCGCGCCGAGUGCCGGACCCCCCGGGAGCUGGAGGCCAUCCGGGUGGACCGGGACGCCCUGCACAUGGAGGGCCUGAUGAUCCGGGAGCGGGUGCUGGGCUCGGACAACAUCGACGUGUCCCACCCCAUCAUCUACCGCGGCGCCGUCUACGCCGACAACAUGGAGUUCGAGCAGUGCAUCAGGCUGUGGCUGCACGCGCUGCGGCUGCGCCAGAAGGGCAACCGCAACACGCACAAGGACCUGCUGCGCUUCGCCCAGGUCUUCUCCCAGAUGGUGCACCUGAAGGAGGCGGUGCCGGCCCCCGCCGUGGAGCAGGUGCUGAGCUGCAGCGUGCUGGAGAUCCAGCGCAGCAUGGCGCGCGUGGACGCGGCGGCCGAGGCCGAGCAGCCGCAGGCGGUGGACAACUACGAGUCCAACGUCUUCACCUUCCUCUACCUGACCUGCAUCUCCACCAAGACGGCCUGCGGCGAGGAGGCGCGCGCCCGCAUCAACAAGCACAUCUACGACCUGAUCCAGCUGGACCCGCGCUCCCGCGAGGGCUCCUCGCUGCUGCACCUGGCCAUCAGCUCCAACACGCCGGUGGACGACUUCCACACCAACGACGUGUGCAGCUUCCCCAGCGCGCAGGUCACCAAGCUGCUGCUGGACUGCGGCGCCUCGGUCAACGCCACGGACCACGAGGGCAACACGCCGCUGCACGUCAUCGUGCAGUACAACCGGCCCAUCAGCGACUUCCUCACGCUGCACGCCAUCAUCAUCAGCCUGGUGGAGGCCGGCGCCCACACCGACCGCACCAACAAGCAGAAGAAGACGCCGCUGGACAAGAGCACCACGGGCGUGUCGGAGAUCCUCCUGAAGACGCAGAUGAAGAUGAGCCUCAAGUGCCUGGCGGCGCGCGCCGUCCGCCGGCACCACAUCUGCUACCGCGACCAGAUCCCCAAGACGCUGGAGGAGUUCGUGGAGUUCCACUGAGGACGCACGCCGCCGCCGCCACGCUUUUUAAAAUUGUUUUCUAACAAAUGGACGGUUUUUGAGCCUUUUUAUAAAAACGCUGGGUUGCUUUUUUCAGUUUGAAGUAUUUCUUCAGAGACGGCAGAGAGCUGCUUCCUGUUUUGCCUUAUCUCCGUGACGAUGGGGGCCGCCAUCUUACUGUGAUCCUGUCCGUCACCACUCACGAGCUUUCACUGGACUUGUCUCCUGCUUCUUCUCCUGAGGGCAGCAGAGAGUAACUAUGACUUGUUCCUCCUCCUCUGGGCCUCGGGCACCAGGUCAAAAACACAAAGCAAAUGUUCUGUCUGAUGCUCUAUUGCGGGUGCAUGAGCUUUUAUUUUGAAAAACCUGUAAAGGAGCACGAAGCUAUGAUUAUUGUUUUUUUUUCUUUUAAUUUGUGAUGUCGUGGUUGUUUACAUCUGGAGAGAAAAUAAACAGAUUUUAAAGUUCUGAAGUGAUGGAAAUGGAACUUUCUUUUUAAUUCUGUAUAUUUUUUUUUUUUUUUUUUUUUUUUUUAACAAUGACUUAUUUUAAAUGAUGGAUAUUAUUGGACUAGUUUUAUUUAUUCACUGUUUUGCGGGAGUAGUUCUGGUUCUGCUCCAUCCAACAAAUGUUAUUGUUUUGUUUUUUGUGCCUGAAUUGCGUCUGAAAAAUGAUUUUUAAACCCAGCGAGAAAAACGAGUUGAAUGACGAUGUUUUUCAGCCCAAACAGGAGAAGCUUCUUCUCUCUGUAGAACCAGAGCGGCGCCCGCUGCGUCACUUCCUGUCUGCUUCCUGGUGGCUGUGCGUCCUCUCUGGACCGUAAUGUGCCAAUCACAAGCUUAUGCUUUAUUCUUAUGAUUUCUGUCCUGGUGGAGCUGGAAAUGUUUUAAUGUUUUCUUUUUGUUUUGUUUUCUGGCUGAAAUGAAGCCAAAGAUUCUCUCCUGAAGACGUCCUCUGAGAUGUACUUCCUGCAGAGUGAAUGCCGACAAAUUAAAAGUCUGUCUGCGUC